AUCAACUUCAAAGAUGCUGUAGGAAGGAAAUUCACUUUUCCAUAUCAUCUAAUCAAGUCAUGGAAGGGCAUGGAAGAACUCAUCAAGCAAGCCUUCCUCCAUGUCGAUGUAAUUGGGCCUCAUGUUCACCAAGGCCAUUACGAUCUUGUCGGGCCCGACGGCCAAGUCAUCCUGCCACAGGUCUGGCAAGCCCUAGUACAGCCG